UUGAUUGUUGAUAUCAUUUAAUAAAUAUAUAAAUAAGAAGAGGAUAUCUUUAAUUAAGAACAUAACAUAAAUAUAAUUUAUUGUAUCUAGUGUGAAGAUAAAUAUGCGACGAAAUUGGAGAGGUCGUUAUAGAAACAAUUGGUACCGCGGAAAUAAUCGCCGAAAAGUUACUACAGAGAGUAGUAGCUCAAAUAGUUUUGACAAUUCUUCAGGCUCAGUUUUAAAUUCCAGUGCUUCAAGAGCUCCAGCUGCACAGUUACCAAUUGUUAUACCUAUUUUCUCAAAUAAAGAUGUAUGGAAACUAUACUUUCCCAUGGAUGAUCAACAAUCAAAAGCCGAUAUGUCUGAAAAUAUUGAUUGUUUUAAACAAUAUAUACAAAAGAAUAGAAGUUUAUUUGAUUUAGAAAAAAUAGAUCAUACUCGAAGUGUGGCACUGGACAUGCAAUGUUUAUUAAGCGAUUCUGACUUUAGUAAUAAGUGGUCCAAGUUUCAAGCUGAUUUGUUUGAGAAACCAGAAAGGACUCUUCGUCUGUUAGAAUAUUGUUUCCAUGAGACAUUUAAAUGUGAAGCGAAAAUAAAAGUUAGAAUAUUGAACCAUGAGCCAGUUAUUCCAAUUGCCAAUCUCAAAGUUAAUUAUUUUGGAAAACUGGUGACAAUCAAAGGAACUGUUAUAAAAGUGGGUAGUGUCGGCUUAAUUUGUAACGCCAUGGCAUUUGAGUGUUCCAGCUGUCAUAGUGUACAAGCUGUUAUGCAACCCCAGGGUGUAUUUACUGCUCCAAACUUCUGUCAAAGCUGUAAGAGCGGCUACAAAUUCGAACCUCUUCAAUCCUCUCCAUUCACUAACACAAACGACUGGCAAGUUGCCAAGAUACAAGAAAUACAAUCACAGAGUUUGUCCGGGACCAUUCCGAGGACGGUGGAAAUUGAACUCCAAGGUGAUUUAGUGGGCAGUGCGUGCCCUGGUGAUGUCCUAUCUGUAACAGGAAUUGUACAGGUUCGUGGCGAGAGCAAGGGCGGUGAAGAUGGUCGGAGAGCUGCAAGAUUAUUACAGUUAUAUAUUGAAGCGGUAUCUAUCCACAGCCAAAGGAAUCUGAGUAAUCCAACAUUGACGUUCACAAUAAAAGAUUAUUAUGCUAUUCAGGAAAUUCACGCCUCGGAGGACGUCUUCCGACUCCUAGUGCACUCCUUAUGCCCAUCUAUAUUCGGCCACGAAGCGGUUAAAGCUGGUUUACUUUUGGGACUCUUUGGAGGAACUGAGUAUGACAACGGCACCAGAUCUAAUCCUCACAUACUAAUAGUGGGAGACCCGGGUCUGGGAAAGUCGCAACUGCUACAAGCCGCUGCACACGCGGCGCCCAGAGGAGUCUAUGUAUGCGGUUCUUCGGCAUCAGCUGGUGGACUAACGGUCGCCCUGGGUCGGGAGGCUGGUGGGGACUUCGCCCUCGAGGCCGGGGCUCUUGUGCUCGCUGACAAAGGAGUGUGCUGUGUGGAUGAACUGGAUAAAAUGAGCGCCCAUCACAGUAGUUUGUUGGAGGCCAUGGAACAGCGACGUGUGAGUGUCGCUAAAGGUGGAGUUGUUUGCAGUCUACCAGCUCGAGCCACGGUACUCGCCGCUGCUAACCCAGCAGCCGGAUCGUACAAUCGAUCUAAAACGGUGUCUGAGAAUUUAAAACUAAAUUCAGCUUUAUUAUCAAGAUUCGAUCUAGUUUUUAUAUUGUUGGACCAACCUGAUGAGAAAAUCGACGCUAUGCUCUCCGAACACGUGUUGGCUCUUCAUUCACGUUCUAAAAGUAAAAGAAAACAAGAUGGAGUAAGCCAACUCAAUGCUGUAAAUUCAAGUCAACCAGACACCGACGUGCCUUUGAGUCAAAGAUUACGUCUCAAAUCUGGAGAAAUAAUUGACACCUUACCACUGGUACUGCUCCGGAAAUAUAUAGCGUAUGCAAGGAGAUACGUCCAUCCGAAAUUAAGUUCGGAGGCAGCGAAUAUUCUACAAGAUUUCUAUUUAGAACUCAGGAACAAUCACCAGAGUGUUUACAAUGACGGAGCUCCCAUCACCACCAGGCAACUCGAGGCGUGCAUAAGACUGACUCAGGCACGAGCCAGAGUCAAUUUAAGAGAGGAAGCGACGGCCCGAGACGCGCUUGACGUAAUAAGCCUCGUUAAACACAGCUUAAUGGACACGUUCAGUGACGAAUUCGGAAAUAUACAAUUAUCGCGGUCGAUCAACGGAUCGGGAGUCAGUUCACGAAAUAAGGUUAAGAAUUUCUUAGAUGUGCUAACAAGAAGAUCCCACCAGUUAAGCAAAGAUGUUUUUAGUCGUCAAGAACUGAUACAGAUACACAAGGCUGCUGGCGUCGCUGGCGACGCGAACGACCUCAUAGAAGCUAUGCAUAUACAUUCCUAUCUCUUACUUAAAGGAUCUAAUAUGUAUCAAUUAGUGGCUAUUUAAUACAUUCAAUCACACAACUACCAAAAAUUAGCUAAAAUAUUCAUAAGUUAAUUUUGCUACAGGAUUCUGUUCUUACAUAAAAUAAAAAUCAAAUCGUUACUUUUAUCGCUGGUGAAAGUGCAAAAAAAAUUUUUUAUAGGUGUUAAUGGAUAAGUAAUAAAUUUUUAUUAAAAUAAAACGAAACUUAUUCUUAAAUGUAUAUAUCACGCCAAUGUUAACAACCAGUCUUAAACAGUGCCUCUGGCAGGAACAUUUUCUAGAUACAUAGAUACUUGACAACAACUGUACAAGGAAACACUUAAUAUAAGGAAGUUUAACAGAGUAGGUUGGGAAAAACAUUCAAAAAAUAAAUUACCAACUUCACUACCAGCAAAUAAAUAAAAAUUUGAAACGGCUGAAAGUGCUAGUAAUGGUGAACAUAAUAGUGCAAUAAAACGGGUUUCCAUAGCCUCUGUUUUUAGAAAAUUAACUCUAAAUUGUUGAUAUAUCUCAUGUUUUGAUAUAGCCUUUCCAAAGUGUUCUAGGGUGAUCCCCGAGUAGUUCAGUACCGACCAUACCAGUAUAUGCCAUACGGUCCCAUGCCAAACAAACACAAAGAGGAAUGUGGCUAGAGAAGCAAGUAACUUGCAGGCCGUUUUGGAUAAUUUGCAAUAUUUGAUUAGCGAGUCAUAACCAGGUUUGUAAA